CAGCUAGAAUGCAAUGGGGAAAUGAAAGGACUUGGAAGUGGAGCUUCUACAGAACACACAGCUCUGCUGGAUCUACAGGACUUAACUGAAAACAGUCACUCACUGCAGUGAUGGAGCAAAGACAGCAAGGUCUCCUGGAGAAGGAGCCGCUGCAGGAAGUGGACGAGGACAUGGUGUCAGAGGUGGACUUGAACAACACUAUAACACAGGAAGAGAAAGAGGAAAUGCACAAUGAGCUGACUAAGUUAGAGGAAGAAAUCACCACCCUGAAACAAGUGCUGGCCUCCAAAGAGAAACGCCACUCAGAACUGAAGCAGAGGCUGGGGAUCACACCACUGAGCGAGCUGAGACAGAACCUCAGCAGGGGCUGGAAUGACAUGCAGACGAGUACAGCAUACAAAAAAACCUCAGAGACACUCAGCACUGCAGGCCAGAAAACAUCUGCAGCCUUCAGCAACCUGGGCACCGCCAUUAGCAGGAGGUUUGGAGAUAUGAGAUCACAUUCAAUAGGCUACUCUAUACGCCACUCUAUGAGCAUGCCCGCUAUGAGGAACUCGCCUAGUUUUAAGUCCUUUGAGGAGAAGGUUGAAAGCACUGUAUCCAACAUCAAGUCGAAGGUAGGCAGCAGUGGCAGUGGAGGAAGUUUUGAAGAGGUUCUCUCCUCAGCAGCUCAGGCUAGCGCUCAGGACACCCCCACUAACACACUGACAGACAACAGCGAGCACACCUGCUAACCAGCCUGACACAAGCCUGGAGAUGGAACGGUUCUGCCCCUCUGCGGCCAGGAGGCUGCAUCGCGCCCUCAGGAAAGAGUUCCUGAAGCCCAGAGUCAAGUAAACCAGCCAUGACCAAGCAGUUUACCUACUUCUUUCACCAAAAUGUACCAGAGGUUGUGUGUCUUGGUAUGGCUUCUAUCCAAAUAUGUAAUCAGUUUCAUUCUUUUGUACUGAAAAAGAAAUCCAGUGUAUUCAUGAACUAAACGUAUGUUGCGCUACCUUCCUGGUAGCUGUUUGUGUUUAUUUGUUACAACUUUGAAAAAAGA